AUGGCAUACAGGAUAGGAAAUGAUGAAAAAGAUCAAGGACAAUUGGCACCAGAUUCCAAACCAAGCGUGAAGAAAUAUCGUACGAGGUUUUCACCCAAGCAGAAACUUGAGCUGGAGAAUGCGUUCUACCGCACUCCAUAUCCAUCAGCGACACUGAGGGCUCAGUUAGCCAACAGUCUCGGAGUCACGCCCAGCGUGGUGAUGGUAAGGAAAUUGUUGUCUGGUAUGUACAUGACCAGGAGGCGAUUAAGUAAUCGGCUCCUGAAAUGACCUAAUUGAAAAUCCUGGGAUUUUGUGAACGAUGGAGUGCAGCUAAGGGAGGGUCGUACCAUUCCUAAGUCUAUUUUCUUUUCUUUUUUCACACUCUUUUUGAUGCCUCAAGACCCAGGGACAGCAAAUUGGGAUGGGAUAUUUACGGGAGAAAUAUGGGCGAAAAUAUCAAAUGACAUAAUGCUGGAAAAACUCUUGGGGGUUUUACACUUACCAAAGCACUUGAAUUGUCGAUCCGCUUCUGAUUGGUCAGGAAACGCUCAGAUACUUACUAGUUAACUCUUUACAGUGCUGUCUUUAAGUGCCAAAAGGGACUAACAGAAAAGGUAGUGAGAAUAAAUGAUCACUUAAAGGAAGAUACUUUGAUCUUUUAUCAACGCUUGGCUAGUUCUUCAAGUAAAGGAGAUCAGUCUAGAGAAUUUGUAUCGAUAGAAUGAGUGCCCAGGGGUUCUAUUUUAAGAGAAAAUUUGCCUGCAGCGAUUUCGUCCGUCAAGAUUUCGCCCUAACUAGUUGCCCCUACGUCUACGGGGAUGCAAUUUCCCUGGUAGAAUGUUGGUUGACUAACUUCGCUGUAGUACUGUAGUUGUAGAUUAAAGCUAAACUGUUUACAAAGCAUUUUAAUGUUAUUUAGUUUUCGGUGCAUUUUCCUUUCUUUUUUAGAACUGGUUCAAGAAACGGAGAUACAGGUGGCGACAAAAAUCCCCAAACCUUGGGAUGCCUGUGCCAUGCUCUUGCGUAUUACCACCAUUUCAAAGCCAAACUCAAAACAGACCAAGCCAACCUACGUAUACCCAGGGGACCGUUUUUGGCUACCACGGGACCGUGGACCCUCAUGGGUUUCAACAGGCACUUGUCGACAAUCAGCAAAGAGAAAUUGAAGUGGGAAAUAUUUCCCAAAGGGUAAUCCAGUUUAAUCCUUAA